AUGGCCGCAGAAGAGAAGUGGAAAGGUUGGGCUUCGAAACAGCAUAGCGGGUCUGAACAGGCAGGUGAAAAGGAACCAUGUGUGCUCCUGGGCCAGCUGGGUGAACCGGGAAGAUUUGCUUAUGCGGCGCUUUGUGGGAUAUCCCUAGCAUGGCUGUUCCCUGAAAAAGAGCAAAGCUCCUUCAGGACGGAAUUCAUUGAGGGCUUUGUGAAAUGGCUGGACCUGCCCGAAGCUGUCUUACCUACCAUGACAGCAUUUGCUAGUGGCUUAGGAGGUGAGGGCAAAGAAACAUUUGCCCAGAUUUUGCUGGAGGAUCCCAUCUUGAAAGAAAAUCCAGUUGUCAUUACCCAAGACCUUCUGUCCUUCUCUCUUAGAGAUGGGUCCUACGAUGCUCGAGCCAGGGUGUUGAUCUGCCACGUCUCCUGGCUGCUAAGAAUCCCCUUGGAGGAGCUGGAAGUCCUGGAGGAAUCUCUGCUUGAGAGCCUGAAGGAACAAAAGGAGGAAGAGUCAGAAACUGCAGAAGUAUCAAGAAAAAAGAAGGAAAGAAGAAAAAAGCUGAAGAGAUACCUGCUGAUUGGUUUGGCAACCGUUGGGGGCGGAACAGUGAUCGGCUUGACGGGGGGUCUUGCUGCCCCUCUGGUUGCUGCGGGAGCUGCUACUAUCAUUGGAAGUGCUGGAGCUGCUGCUUUAGGUUCGACUGCUGGAAUUGCUGUCAUGGCAUCCCUUUUUGGAGCAGCUGGAGCUGGCCUUACAGGAUACAAGAUGAAGAAGCGUGUGGGAGCCAUAGAAGAGUUUGAAUUCCUCCCACUUACUGAAGGCAAGCAGCUUCAUAUCACCAUAGCAAUUACUGGAUGGCUGUGCGCUGGCAAAUAUGGGAGUUUCACAGCACCAUGGAGCAGCUUGUUGCAAUCGAGCGAGCAGUAUUGUCUGGCCUGGGAAUCCAAGUACUUGAUGGAGCUUGGCACCGUCUUGGAUUCCCUGCUGAAUGGUUUUGUGAACAUGAUGGCUCAAGAAGCCUUAAAAUUCACCGUCUUGUCAGGUAUCAUGACAGCCUUGACUUGGCCAGCUUCACUCUUGACAGUUGCCAGUGUCAUUGACAACCCCUGGGGAGUGUGUCUCCAUCGGUCUGCUGAAGUAGGCAAACACCUAGCACAUAUCCUGCUCAGUCGACAGCAGGGCAAGCGACCUGUCACACUGAUCGGCUUCAGUCUGGGUGCAAGAGUCAUUUACUUCUGCCUGCAGGAAAUGGCUCAAGAAAAAGACUCUCAAGGGCUCAUUGAAGAUGUGGUCUUACUGGGAGCUCCAGUGGAAGGAGAAGCCAAGUACUGGAAAGCUAUCACAAAAGUGGUGUCGGGCAGGAUCAUAAAUGGUUAUUGCAGGGGAGACUGGCUGCUGCGCUUUGUGUACAGAACCUCUUCUGUCCAGAUCAACGUUGCGGGCCUCCAGCCAGUCGACUUGGAUGACCGGAGGAUGGUAAACAUGGACCUUUCGUCUGUAGUAAACGGCCACCUGGACUACAUGAAGCAAAUGGACACAAUCCUAAAAGCCGUGGGCAUUAAAACCAAGGAGCGUCAGCUGGAAGAGAAGGGCAGCGGCGGUCUUUUCUCCCCUCUAGCCAAGAAAUCACAGCGGGCAGCAGGCAGCGACACUCGGGAAGAGGAAAACGCCGUGCAAGAGGAGGAUGCGGCUGACGGUGAGGCUCUCCCCGCCGGCCAUGCUUCCUCCAGCUGUAUCUUGGGAGAAACCUUGCUCCCCUGCCCAGACUGCUCAAACAGUGGGGACAGCAAGGAACAGGCAGUGGGCGAAGGAGAAAAUUAG